UGGCUGCCUCCAGGGAACAGUCCCAGUAUGAACGCAGACGUUCCAACACGGCGCAAUCGAGCUUCAGAGCUUUACCAACAUACAUUCCACUGAAGUUAGGAGAUUCGAAGGUUCUUCACGCCUGGUUCCAUGAUGUCAAAGAGUCGGCCUUAAUCCAAUUUAAUCAAUUGUGGUGGCCUGGAGUUGCAGAGGGAGAUUGCCUGAGAGUAACCAACAAUGACGGCAAUUCAGAGAUUGGGUUCCUCUUCAUCGUUCCGAAGGAUGAAGGUUGUACGAAACCUCAACUUCAGGUAUCUCUCCCUCGCACAGUUGCUGACUCUCUUAGUCUCCGCAACAAUGACGAAGUUGUCCUCACAAAGGUCGAUAAAUCUAGUUGUUGCGCUGAUUAUGUCGAGUUCAUAUUCCAAGACCAAUAUCUCGGGAGGAACGAUAUGUGGAGACUUGGAAAAUAUCUGGCCGGUCAUUGCAUAUACAAAGAUCAAGAGGUUUCUUUCAUUGGAGGAAUUGCUGCCAAAAUCCAGAACAUUUAUAUUGGAGGCAAGAAGGCAUGUUACAUGACUUCUUCAACUAAGGCAAUCUACCGCUCCUUCUCCGCGAAGAUUACCAUCUUUAUCCAGGUCUGCAGAGAACUUUGGGAGUUUGCUGGAGACGGAGAACGAUACAACGAGAAGAUUGUGCACUCUUUCCUGCCAGCACUGUUUGAGAAAUGGCGAGAAGCAGGGACAAACCAUACCGUCACUAUCGUGCUGAUAUCGCGCGUCUUCUACGACGAGUCUGAAAUCACCUACGCUGCAGGUCCACUAGAGAGGGACGACCAAGGGAACUGGUACAAGGAUUUCUACAAGGUUAUCACAGAUCUCGAGGUCAUACAUGAGUGGAAGCCGACUUUGGUCAGCCUGAAGAACUCCUUCUGGGACUUCCAGCGCGACAUUCUCUUAACCCACCAUUACCAUCGAGGACUUCAAGACUCCACGAAUGUUCCUACCCAGGUCAGGCUUGUUGGUCGACUAUCAUAUGCCCAAGACGGUCCGAUACUCGAGGCAUUGAACCUUGGUCUCAAUCCUACGGAGACACACUACGUCGACAGGUCGCUCAAUCUGACUGGAGCAAUUACCAUUCUCAUCUCCCCCGGAACCGGCUACUUCCGUGUGUCGAAGAAGUUGCUCCGAUUGACGACCACCCGUAUGCUGGACCAGGGAUUCGUCCUUGAUCUUAUCUUGCUGACGAAACCACCGCUACAUCAAAGUCCUAUUUUCAGUUUCCAAGGAUUUGAACCCAUUGCUAAACAGGAUGGCAAUGACAGAAAGUUCGAUCCGCUGUCCAUGGAUCCUUUGUGGGGUGGAGAUAAUGUCCCCAAGGACGGUGCGCCAAUGAAGACCUUUUGGUGGGAACCAUUCUGGAUGUCGACGACGUUCUGGGAUAGACAGAUGGAUUUACCGUUCCGUCAGGAUAGGUUCAUCUCAAGAGCGAAGAUGCAUGAGAUACAGAUGCUCGGACUGCUAGAACAUGAUGUGUUGCCUAGCAUCGAGGUGCCUUUCAUUCCGGAUCGGCCAGAGAACGUCGCAGCGCCUUUAGAAACAGCAGACCAUACCGUUGGUUUGACGAAGGCCGAAGCGGACAAAUUCGACCUUGAUACGUUCGCACUGACGGCGAACUACAACACGACUUCCUUGGCCGCUCCUUCGGCAGCAGCUCCUCUUAUGCGGCCAACUUCAGAGAAGCGAGCCUCGCAUCGCCAAUCCACUCGGCUCGAUCGGAUUGACACGAUUGAAGAGAGUCCGAAAGUGCGCAUACACAAAGAGUUACCACCGGAGGAUUUUCCGUCCAGCAAAGAUGUGGCUACUACCCCGAUGCCUGGCAUGCCAGGCACCUCACCAUCCCAGUCUUCUAUCCGGUCUGCACGCUCUGAGAAGUCUACCUCUUCCAAGACGCCGUCUCGUAGUGGGACGCUGUCUAAGGGCAGUCUUGCCUCGAAACUAGCACCAUCCUGGCUUUUUAACCCCUUCAGGAGUGGGCCUAGCGAACCACAGACGACACAGGUGUCUGCCUCGGCUUCUCCCUCUCAUUCAGCGGAGAAACAUCCGCUCUCCGAGAAAUCGAGUCCUAUGCCUGCUUCCUUUUCAAUGCAUAUGCCACCCUCUUCGAAGCCUACCAUUGCUCCUUCGACACAACCUACCCAACCAGUCCAACCGAUCCAGCCUAUGGCCAUCAGGAACAAAGCGGCCAAUCGUUCAAGUCUAAGCCGAACGUUCGAAGAAGAGGCAACUCUUGCUCCGCAUAGGACGUCGUACAUACGUCGUUCUCCUAUAAACACGCCACCGAGAGACGAGAUAUUGGCUGGAAAGCGCCGGAGUGGGACGAGCGCGUUGGCGCAUUCGUUCUCCUCUUCGCCCGGAACAAUCACUAACCCCACCAAACCCCAGUCUAGCGUUUCUUAUCCCCAAGCCUCUCUGGCGCGUCGUUGGCAGCACAUAUUUCCUCAGCCCAUGUACAAGCAUGACGUAAAGUGGAAGUCAAUUGUCACACCUGGUUGUUUGCCCUUGACCGUCGAGCAUUUCCCUUCGAGCAUCGAGUUGGAUUCCUCAUAUGACGUCUUCUCGUAUGAAUUUCUUGUCGACCCUAGCGAGAUGCGCUCCUUCCUCGUCAAGCCGCCGAUAGUCAAAGGAUCUGCGGAUGACCUCCGCCGGGCUUGGGCUCUCGUCGUUAUGCGAGGUAUGGCAGCUGUCCGUCUUGCACAAGGGUUUCAGUUCAUUGUUAAGACGCGAAGUGCCCAAGGUGAAGACGAGAAACCAGCCUUCAGGCGGACGAAAUCAUACAUGGGAGAAGACGACCCGGACUUACGGCCUGCGGGCGCAGCAGAGAUUCUGAGUUCCACGACUGACUCUAUAUAUCUGAGCAUGUCGAAGGAAAUCCAUCGAAUAUCGUAUACUGGAGAAGCGAUCCAGGUUAAACGGUACGUCAGGAGGACGGUGCCCACCCCGCCGUACACGUAUAAGUGUUUGAUCUGGCCAAAGCUUGGAGGCGGCUAUACUGAACUAAAGAACGAAUUCAAAUCCCAUGGGCUUGAGAACUAUGGGUGGAAUAGGUUAGACAUGCUUGUUGCAGGCUACGAGCAUGAUUUCAAUGAGUCCAUCCGAUAUUGGCGCACGCGUUUCAUUGUCAUUCCUACAUCAGAGCCUCCUCACGUCAAGGUUGGGCCUUCAGAAGAGAAAUUGAGUGACGAGGAGGCUCGUAUUCUCGGAAUCGAGAAACUGGCCGAGCAGUUCACCAAGCUUCGCUGGCAACCUCCUGACGACAAGAUCACGCACCCGCCCGUCCGCUUCCUGCCAACCACGCUCGACCCUGCUAUGUCCGUACUUGAUGAGGCCCUCAUGGAUCGGUUAGACCAAAUCCACGCUCAGGGUCCCCUACGGAAGAAGAUGAAAAGCGAACGAGAAAUCGCAGAAAUGUCUCUUGGCGCAAUCGCGAAAGCCAUGCGCGAAGAGGAUGGUGUGCCUAUCAAAUUUUAUCAAUGGCACGAUAGACAUUACCCUGAUUCUUUCAUUGGAUAUGAUUUCGUGUCCUGGCUUGUGCGAGAGUUCCGAGAUGUUUCCACACGAAGCCAAGGUACGGAGUGGGGCGUUAGGCUGCAAGAGCAAGGCUUGUUUGAACACUGUCGCGGGCGUCACAACUUCUUGGAUGGGCACUACUACUAUCGCCUGAAAGGAGAGUAUUCGCUACACACUGCAGCAACUCCCAAGUAUUGGUUCAGACGGAUCACCGAAGACGGAAGCUCUCGAUUUGCAAAUCAGAACCAAAGCAAGAACGUUUCCAAAACUAUUGCGAGCAAGAUCAAGAACAAGAAGAGGCUUAUACUCAGCCAAACUAUGGUUAUUGACAUUGAUCCACACAAGGGAAGCGAUCAAGCAGAGUCGGUGAUUCUUCAUCAUGACAUUAUCCAUAAUCCAGCGACUGUCUUCCACUUCGAGCUCCAAUGGAUCGGCACAACGGCAAGAUGUAUCGAAGAUCAACUCCGAGUGUGGAAUAGGUCCAUCGAGCGUUAUGGCCUGAAGCUCGUCGAAGCCUAUGUUACUCAGAUCAGCGACAUACAGCAGCGGAACGCUUUCCAGUCAUGUUUCCCGAUCCGCCCAGCAAUUCCUCCCCCCGUUAUUCCAGAUCUAGACAAGCGGCUUUUUGACGAUGGCAUGCACCCAGGGCAAUAUUUCGAAUAUGCGCUCCUUGAGAAGUUCGGCUUCAUUGUGGACGUCGAGGCACAGGAUCUGUAUCCUGAGCAAGUCGACGUCGUAUAUUCGUAUCGACGCUCGCCGUAUCAUUAUUCGCAAUUUGUGCAUCAGUCUGGGGUUGCGUUCGUUCAGGUGUUGGGGGGCUCGCAGGGGUUCGUAUUCUUGACGAAUCGGUUGAUGGGUCCUGGGAGAAUGGGAACGAUGAAGAGCAAGGACCACCGGCCUGCAGCCGCCGCCGAGAAGAUUAGAGUCGAGAUGGCCGAGUUUUGCGAGGAUAAGGUGAGGUUGCAGGGUUUCUAUGACGAGAAAGUCGCCCUCCUGCCUCCGGCUCCGGUUGUUGCUGAGGAACCUCCUCCUUUGACGCUUUGAG